CGACCAUCAUCUCCUCCACGCCUUACGCACGCUACGCUAUGGAUCCCUACUACAACAACGGUGGCGAUAUCAAUCCAUACUACAAACCGUACGCCGGCCCCUCCUACCCAAUCCCAGGCGCUUCUUCCUCGCACCAGGCACCCGUACCCGCGAAUGCGUACGAAUACGAUGUCGGUAUUCUUGCCCAACAGAGUGUCUACGUACCCGGUGCUGCUAUCGACAAGAGGGGUGGCGCUGGCGGGAAACUUGCCAAAGGUGGCAAGCGCACGACCGUCUUGAGGAAGGGUGGAGGGAAAGUUUGGGAGGAUCAGACUCUACUGGAAUGGAAUCCUUCAUGGUUCCGUCUGUUUGUGGGCGACUUGAGUAACGAUGUGUCUGACGACGUGUUGUCCAACGCCUUCAACAAGUAUCCCUCCUUCCAGAAGGCACGCGUCAUCCGUGAUCGCUUGAGCCAGAAGGCCAAGUACGGGUUCAUCGCCUUCUCCGACCCGGAGGACUUCUUGAAGGCUUGGAAAGAGAUGGAUGGUAAGUAUGUUGGGAACCGUCCCAUCAGGCUCAAGAAGGCGGACAACACCAUUCGCCCGGUCGAAAUUGGUCAUCGCAAGGCGAAGAUGCUCGAGAAGGAGUUGAAGAACAACAGGCACAAGCCCUACUAAAGUGUUGUGGCUGCCUUAUCCUUCGCUUGCCCUGCGCAUUGUGAUCUUGGAGGGUGACAUACUGUAUGUUGGUCGUCAUUACUUGUCAUGGAAAUGUAUGCUCAUCUUCGUGGCAACCAU